AUGCGCUACUUCUCCAACAACUAUGCUGAUGGCGUGAGGCAGGACGGCUUGGAUCUGGUUAUGGGCAACUACACAGUCAAGCAGGGCGCUCCGUCUCCAUUCACACGCACGGGGAUUAAGAGAUACACUAACCUGAGGGUUGCUCUCGUGGUGCUCGUGGCCUCCACUUACCUCUUCCUGCGAAAUGUCAUCCCAUCCUCCUCCUCCUCCUCCCCUCUCUCGCCAGUCGUCGCAGCCACCUCAGCUGUGGUCGCCGGCUCGGUGCUCUUCGCCCUUCUCCCAAUCCCUUCAAACAAACCCCUCCCUCUCCUUCCUGCCCCCCAAUCCCCCAUCUCCUUCCCUCCCCUUCCCUCUCCUGCAGCCUCCUCCUCCUCCCCGCUAUCGCCAGUCAUCGCAGCCACCUCAGCUGUGGUCGCUGGCUCGGUGCUUUUCGCCCUGAAGAAGUUCGGCCACCUCUUCUGCGACCGCCCCCGCUUCUGCUCCCUGCGAUGA